AUGUUUAAGCUCUCUCUCCUGAGCCGGGGACACGGGAAGUUGGUCCAGAACAAACAGAAGUUGGAAGUCUAUUUUGAACCAGAGGAUUACUUGAACUGGAAGUCCCCAGAAGACUAUGUCCUGGUCAGCAAACCUCAGAAUGAGGAGGAUGCCAACCAGCAUUCUUGGAACCUCUUUCUCCCUAAGACUUUUAGCACACGAAAGGGUGCCCUGAUCCUCUACUCAGAAGGACUAGCCAUCUCAGCAUGGACCCCCAAAGAGAGGAGAAAGGGCUCCUGCUGCCCCAAAGGUCACAAGAAGGGGCUGGAUCUUGAACUUCGUACCCUUCAAGAUCUCAAAGAAGCUGUCCUGGCAUAUGGAAGGAAGCAGAGGGAGCAGGACAGAGCCUGGCAACCGUACCUGUACUUCCGAAGUCAGCCAGACAGCCAGGCCCAAAGAAAGAUCCAACCUGGGUAUUCAGCUAAGAGAUACCUCCGAGGCCUCUUGCGGACUUGGCCCCCUGAUACCAUGUACAGGCUCCAAUGUGCAGGGCACAUCAAGGAUUCUGUGCUGCUUCAGGAAAGUCAACUUAAUGUGCCAAAGAGUCUCAGGCCACAACAGGAUCUUUCAGGUGUGCCCCCCAAAUACCAUCUCCUGCCUGUCUUCCCUCCAUUUUGGAUUCAACAAGAAAAAUCUUUUGCACAAGGUCAAUGGGGCCUGGAUGAAGAGGAAGCUGGGGCUGGUGGACACAUGAACCAGGACUCUGUAGCCAAGAACCACAGUAGUCGAGAGACUCACUUGCUGCCACGUAGGAAGCAGCCCUGGCAGGAAGAGAAAACCCCAGCAGAGGACACAUCAGUGGAGGAUCGCCUUCAUAGACAUGCUUCAGAGGAAAGCCACAAUGAAAAGACACAGCAAACCUCCAAGAAGGCGCUUGGGCAUGCCUACGUCAGUCAUUCCUGGCUCCUGAGUGACAAAUCCCACAUGACAUUUUAUGGAAGUGCCUUCCCCAAUAGGAAGGCUGAUCUCAGUGACAAACAAGGAAAUAUGAAAUGGCACAGGGCCAGAGGGAGCCACUUGCCACAGGAGCUUCCUGCUGCAAGGUGCCUUCUCCCUCCAAUAACAUCUGCCAUUGGCUCAGAACAAAACACCCCUGGGGAAGCAAAGAAAAAAAAGGCGCCAAAGGCUUUGAAAUUACCCCCCAUUUCAGAAGAACCACCCAGAGUCCCCAACCCCCUGAGGAGGCAAUUUAAAGCUAAUGAACCCCCAACAGAGCUCUUCAUCAUCCCAAUGGAGAUUCAUUUCCACACCAAACACCCCCCAAAAGAAAAAGCCUGCAGAAGAGGUGCUCCAUGCCCUGAGUCAGAACCAGAAACAGAAGAGGCCAGGCCUUUAUGGAGGCCUCCCCUGAAGCAUGCAUCAUUACAAAGGCCAAUGGCCAUAACUGUGCAUCUUCCAGUGGACACAGGCAGGGACACGCCCUCUCCAUCAGAUGACAGUGUUCUAUCCCUGAAUGUGAAACCACCACUGGACCUUCAACCCCUGAUUAGAGAAAGGAAAUGGCGGGAGAGUCAGGGGGACCGGGACAGCCUCCAGACAUCAAGCUGCAGCAGCCCCACAGGCACCCCAAAUGUGAGGACACUAGCAACAGGACAAGAAGAUUCCAGAGAUCCCACACUGGGGCGCUUCUUGCUGGGUCCAGAUGGAGAAAACAUCUGCCCUUCCCUCCCAGAGCCCACCGGAACCAAGGCUACUGCCAGAUUAUUCCUUCUGGAGAAAGAUAACCACUGUGUCUGCCAAGAGGCCACUCUAGCCAUGUAUGGCAAGCAGUCCACAUGGCAAGGAACCGAAGCCUCCUGCCAACAGCAGAAUGAAAUUUUCAGCUCUGCAAUCUAUGAAUCUGCCUAUUCAAACAUCAGCCAUGAAGAGGAAGGAUCCAGUAUCCAGCAAGUCCUGCAAACAAACACUGAAUCUGGAACCAAUCUUCGCAUGAAUCUUUAUGAAAUUUCACCUUUGACCCAAACAACAGAGAAGCAGGGAGCCCCGCAGUCCUUGGAGGCAGCAGCUCAGAAGACGGGAGAACCUCAAAGUUGUAUAAAUAAAGGGCUGAUUUGUUCAAACGGAAAAGAAUUUUACACACGCAAGCUGCACAUCGACAUGACGCCGUUCCUGAAGGAAAGUGGAGAUGAACUGGACUCUCAUGAAGAACCAGGAGGAUCCCUCAGAGAAAAUGAUGAAGUCAGCCAAGACCCAGAGCGAAGGAGUGUGACUGACCCCCCCAGUGCUUCCCUGGCUGAACAUAUCCAGACCCCUGAGGCAGAUUUUAUGAAAAACACAGGCAGCAAUUAUGAGGCACAACACCUGUACAGAGGACUUCCAGGUAGUAGGCCUGAGUCUCCAGAGAAGACUGGUACUGUGGAUAUGUCUCUUCUAAGAGAAAGAGAAGGGAAGAUUGGACCAAGAUUAUUCAACCAGGAGGCACCAGCCAGCAUAAGCAAUGAGAGGGAGUUGAUCGACAAGUCCAAGAGAAAGAAAAGAAUCAAGACAGAUAAGACCAAAGCACCCAAGAAGGGGAAUGAAGGAAAUGUCCCUGGAGAAGCAAAGGCUAUUUUAGGCAAGUCAAAGGACUCAAUGUCUGAAAAGAAAUCAGAGCUAAUUCCCAAAGAAAAAAAAGCAGGAGCCAAAAGGAAAAGGCCACAGAAGGAAAGGAAUGUGGAGAUGGCAACAGAGCUGAGUGGGCCUGAUGACAUCCCAGAUAGAGGUUUCUUCCCUUCACACUCCGAUGUGGAGGAUCCUUGGCUUUCUCCCAGAUACGAUGCUCAGGAGAGCCAAGUUUCUAUAGAUGGAAGAUCAUCACAAACCCAGACCAUGGCAGACACUGGAAAUGUGGAAUCAAAAGAAGAGAGAAGCUGUGAAGACCCUUCAGAGGCCCUCACUAAGAGGGAGCAGCAGAAGGUUUCCCAGGACAGGCUGCGGGCAGAGAGGGCUGAGAUGAGGCGACUGGAGGUGGAGAGGAAGAGAAGGGAGCAGGAACAGCAGAGCAGGCUCCAGCAGGAGGAGCUGGAGAGAGCAGAGAAGAUGAAGGAGGAGCUGGAGCUGGAACUGCAGAGACGCCGAGAGGAGAACCGCUUGAGGCGGCAGAGACUGGAAGAAGAACGUCAGCGGCAGGAAGAGGUGGAGAGAAAGCAGCGGCUCCAGUUGCAGGCAGCACAGGAGAGAGCCAGGCAGCAGCAAGAGGAAUUCCGGAGGAAACUGCAAGAACUACAGAGAAAAAAGCAGCAAGAGGAAGCUGAGAGAGAUGAGGCAGAGAAGCAAAGGCAGAAGGAACUGGAAAUGCAGUUAGCAGAAGAACAAAAACGCCUGAUGGAAAUGGCUGAAGAGGAACGACUGGAGUACCAGAGGCAGAAACGUGAAGCAGAAGAGAAGGCUCGGGCAGAGGCUGAGGAGAGAAGGCAGAAGGAAGAGGAAGCAGCUAAGCUGGCUUUGGAGGAAGCCAUGAAACAAGAUCAGGAACAAGCCAGGCAAAAAGCUGCUUUGGAAAAACAUCUUCAUUUCCAUCGAGAACUACAGAAGGAAGCCAGAGGCCUACAGUGGACACAGAACAUUUCCAGAUCAUGGGUUUACUCUUAUUUCCAGUUCCUACAAAUACCCAGGCCAUAA